CGACCCCGAUCCCGAUCCCGCGGGAUUGGGAUGAUCCCAUAGGGCUCUAACUAUAAAGCUUUUCUGUCUUUGAAGGAGACCACUCAAUAGAAAACUACUACAUAUCAUCAGUUUAAAAAAGACUAUAUAAGCCAGAAAAGUUUAAUGUUUGUAGACACUUUGUACAAACAACCACAUGCAAUCGUAUAACGUCGAUACAGACGAUUUAUUAUCAUUUUACAACCAUCCGCCUAGGAUUAUCGAUUAUCUGUUUGCAGCUCUUCUUACGAUUCACAGCUCUUAUUUUUUGCAAAAAUAGUGAACGUUUUCGAAAACCCUUUUUUCUCCAGCAUCGAAAAAGUUUUUAGAAAAAAUAAAGAUUGCUACAGAUCAUUGUAUAUACAGAUAUUAGUGUGACGGGCAUACAUACACGCAGACCCUUCGCCACUGUGGGGCCAGGCGUAGCUACACACCGACAUUUGAACAGUGUAUGACUGACUUACACGCAGACAGACACUUGAAUAAUGAACUGGUGCAUUAUUUUUCCAAACUACUAGGAAUAAUAACCUGCAAUACCCUUAUUUUUGCUUGAGAAUCAAACGACAAUCAAACUUCCAGUCCUGUUAUAGAUGGAGACGGAGAAUCAACACGCUAUCAUCGUCAGUAUGUCACACACAGCGCACAGUAGGCGCCCAGGCGAAAAUUUGGCCGUACGCAACGAUUCUAGCGUGAUUUUUUUUACAGUGAAACUGGACAAGUACCGCGAGCAUUUAAAGUAGGAAAAACUUAGCAUUGAUAACAUCGAAUUCAAUAUUGCACCGACCACAUUCAUUCAGGAACAAUACAGACGUUUUAGAAAUAGCUGCAGUUCAUAAAUGUAAACACUUACUUUGUCAUAAAAACUCGUUCUGCCUUUUACAGUUAUGACAUGGAAGAAAGUGUAGUGUGUACACAUAAUCACAAUAAUAAAAAACUUUCACUUUCAACUGCUGUUCUGUUUACUCAUGUUUUUCUCUUAACAAAGUCGGUCGAAAAAUUAGGAACGAAAUAACAGAAUUGUCAAAACAAGAGAGGAAAAAGUCAGGCUAUGUGGAUACAUUGAAGUAGUUGGAUAUUAUCAACAUUUUUUAUGUAUGAAUUACAAGUAUAAUCAAUCAGUAUAGCGUGAUGAUGAGUACAUAUCAACGUAUCAUAGAGAAAUGAGAUAUCGAAAAAACAAAAACUGUUCUAAUACUCAACGAAAAUGGAAGCGAGGCUGAAGGCUUAAUAAUUAUUUGGUUUGAUGAUACGAUUGAUCAAGAAAUUAAACAAGUACUUGAGAAAUUAAAUGAUGCAGUGUUACUCUGUUUGACAUUUGAAAAACUACAAGAAGCAAUAGAAAACUUCGAAAAUUAUAAAAUUAUUGUAAUUGUAUCUGGUAAAUAUUCCAGACAAACAUUAUCAUUAUUUCAUAACAAUCAUAAAAUAGUUUCAUUCUAUAUAUUCUGUCUUGAUAAGGAAGGUUAUCAAAAUGUAUUAAAUGAAGAGAUAUAUCCAAAACUAUGCGGUAUCUAUACAACUUAUGAACAAUUAAUGAUAUGCUAGAAAGACAAAUACGUUCGAUAUUAAGACAUUCAUCAAUAUUUUCUUUAUUUGACGAACAUAAUAAAUCGAUUCGUGAUUUAGAACAUGAAUCAGCUGAUUAUCAAUGGUAUCAAAUUCUUCGAAAUACAUUAUUGAAUAUGAAUACAGAGACGGAUGAAGCAAAGAAAGAAAUGAUUGAUUAUUGUCGUAAAUAUUACCAAAAAGAAGAAGUGGUGCUCGGAGCUAUAGAUGAAUUUGAAAGAUCAUACACAUCAUCAUGUCAGUCGAUUAGCUAUAAACGAUGUCUGUCAGAGCUCCUCACUGGACGGGGUGAAACAAAUUGUUUUGACUGGACGCGACAGGACGAGGGAUAA